AUGCAAUCGUCAGGAAAAUCGGGGGGAUUGUUGAGCAUGUGGGAUGUAAACAUCUUUGAGGUGCACGAAGUUAUAAAAUCAAGCCGGUUCUUGAUAACAAUUGGUGAUUGGGAGGGAAUCCCAGAUAACACGAUAUUGGCAAAUAUAUAUGGUCCUCAUGACCUGGAUGAGAAGAAAAGAUUAUGGGAUGAGUUGCUACAGAUUAAAAGGGAGAGGCAAGGAACAUGGAUUUUGUUUGGAGAUUUCAACACAGUUAGAAGAAGAGAGGAGCGUCUUAAUUCUCAUUUUUGUGCUUCCUCUGCGUUUUAUUUCAACAAAUUCAUCUCAGAUGCAGGCCUUCACGAUAUCAGAUUGGGGGGGAGUAAAUACACCUACUGCUAUAACUCACUCAACAAACUCAGCAAACUCGAUAGAUUCCUGGUAUGUAACAACUUUGUCAAUAUCUUUCCAUUUACUUCAACCAUUGCCCUGCCUAGGGAGCUGUCAGACCAUAGCCCGAUAAUCCUUCAAACAUCCUUCGCGGAUUUUGGAAAACCCCCAUUCCGCCUGUUUAAUUCAUGGCUUGACCGAGAAGGUUUUGAAGAAGUAGUUAAAAGCACUUGGAAGGAAUUUGAGGGUUAUGGAGCUCCGAAUAUGUAUUUGAUGGCAAAAAUGAAAUUUCUAAAAAAUAGGAUAAGGGGCUGGCGGGCCACAGACCACCCCAAGGAGGUGAAUGAAAUACUGGAAACUAAAAAAAGAAUACAUGAGCUCGAUCUCCUAGCAGAUGAUCGACUACUUUCAGAAGAAGAGAUUAAUGAAAGAAAGGCAGGAUUCUAA